AUGUCGACUCCAGAGGCGCAUCCAACCACCUUAUUCGUUCGGAACCUUAAACCUGUAACCACUAAGGCUGACUUGGACAGCCAUUUUGGCGGCGUGGGCCCGCUCCGCCGUACUUUGAUUGUCACAGAUCAUUCCAAUGGCCUUUGCAAGGGCUUUGGUUUCGUUCAUUACGCGCUUGCCGAUGACGCAAAUACCGCACUUUCUUCCCUCAACGGCUCCAUGCUCCAUGGCCGCCGCAUCGCCCUACAUUUCGCUCGACCUCGUCAGCGUGGGAAAGCAGACGAGGAUGGUGGCUUAGUACCACGUCUCCCUUGUCCGAAGGAUAAGCCAGGAAAGCAAGCGGGAAAGCUAAAAGGAACCCUUCCUAUGCGCACAGUGUUGUUGAAACGGAGAGACGGUACGGAAAUUUCAGAAGAAGAGGCCCGGGGGGCAUUCGCGAGUAAUAGGAAGCCUGACAGUGUACUCUUGGUGGCAGAUGGUAAAGAGGCGCGCUGCACCUUCACAUCCUGGGCUGAGGCAGGCAAGGCCGCUGCCGUCGCCCAUAGCAACACCUUGGAUGCUUGCAUUGAGGCUAUGAAGGGAGGUAAAGGCACGAGGCUCAUCGUCAGGAAUCUUCCAUUCCGAGUGAACCUUCAUGAGAUACGCAACGCCUUUUCAAAGUAUGCUCCUGUGCGGGAACUCCGCCUUGAGCCCCCUCGUGCGCUCAAGUCAUUCAAGGACAAGGAUAUCGCACCAGCAGCCCAAGACGAACCAGACAAGACUGUAGUAGAUUGUGCGGGAUUUGGCUUCGUAGAAUAUUUUCUGGUUGCUGAUUCGAAGUUUGCUCUGUCAAAGCUCAACGGCGCCAAGGUUGGUGGACGAAUCAUUGCCGUUGAUUUGGCUCUUGGAAAGUCGGAUUACAUAAAGAGACUCGAUAACGAUCAUAGUGACGAGGAAAAACGCAAGGAGGCUGGAACUAAAUUACAGGGAACAGAGGAGCAAGACAGCGACGUUCUUGAAUCUGAUAGCGAGAGCAGUAGCUCCGGAAGCGACUCUGACGGCCCUGACGUCACCCUGCAUACAACCAUAGCACAUCAGAAAAAUCAAAAGAGCAAAAGCCACAACGUCGAGAAAGAGAAGAUUACCGUUGCCGCAAAACCCGCUGUGAGCUCUGAAACUGAACUCACCCGGACUGUGUUUGUCCGAAACCUUUUGUUCGAAACUUCUGCUUCAGAGCUGUGGAAAGCGAUGUCGACGGAGUUUGGCCCAGUCGAGCAGGCUGUCUUGGUCAAAGACCGCGUAACCGGACGGCCUCGUGGAACAGCAUUUGUGCGUUUCGUGAUGGAGUCCGGUGCCGACAAAGCCGUACACCAAGCUGGUGAGGGAGACAAGAGCCACAGCAAAUCCGCUCUCCGAGGGCCACAGGCAGGUGGAUUUGUGCUUCAAGGAAGAUCACUGUUAAUUGCAAAAGCUGUAGAUCGAUCGAAAGCCAAAGUUUUAUCAGAGAUUGAGAGUCAGGGUACGAAAAAGGAUGAUCCCAGAAAUCUGCGGCUUGCCUGGAUUGGUCAGAUAAAGCCUGGGACACCUGAGGCUAGAGGCUUAACGGAAGUCGAUCUGACGCGCAGGGCGAAAUCAGACAAAGAGAAGAAGACAAAACUUUCGCGCAAUCCAAACGCUUUUAUUUCUGAUGUGCGGCUUUGCGUGCGAAACAUUCCGAAAGAUUUAGAGGAUCAAGUCCUGAAACAAAUCUUUUUGCUAGGGGCAAAAAAUGGAGCAGGGACGGAAGCGACGGUCGCGCGAAAGUCAAGAGGUACAGGAGAGAGCGCCGAGGAUUUUAAGACGGGCGGGGAUCGUCCUGGAUACAAACGACAGCCUCGAAUUACUUACUGCAAGAUCAUUCGGGAUGAGGCGAGAAAGGACAAGUCGAAAGGGUACGGUUUUGUACAGUUCGAGAAACAUACAGAUGCUCUUACAGCGCUACGGUGCGUCAACAAUAAUCCAAAAGUCAUUGACAUGCUUAUCAAGCAUGCUCCGAGUCAAAUGAAGAUUGACGAACAUAGAGAGCGGCUUCUUAGGAAACAAUGGGGAGAUGGACGCCUACAGGCGGAUUUUGCAGUUGAAGAUCGAAGAAUUGUGCAGGUUCUCGAGGAGGUAAAGAAAAAGGGCAAGGCCCUCUCCAAGGCUCACAAGGAAAAGAAAGCCAAAGCUGCGAAAGAAGUCGGGGGUUCAAUGAAAAUGGCCAGCCGAAAGGGACGAAGCGAAAAGCGAGUUUCCUCACAAAUCGAGAAGAAAUCAUCAAAAGGAGACAGGAAAUCUAUGAUAAAGCAGAAGCGAGCUGCAGCUGCUGAGCGAGGUGCGGCUAAGACCAAACGAGAUCGGGGGAAUGCAACCAAUAUCGGAGAGAAGGUCCAUGCGGUGCGGAAACCGUCAGUCUUGUCAGAACGCGAUAACGCAGGCAAUGUGGGCUCGGGACUAAAACGAGGCCGUGAAGGAACCGACCAUGCGUCGCAACCAGACCCCAGACCGAAGAAGCCGCGACGCAAAAGGAACACUGCUGAGGUGGAGAAAAAUGCGAAACUAGACUCACUGGUGGAUGCGUACAAACGCAAAAUUGCGAAAGGAACAGCUCCUGGGAGUUCGGGAAAGACCGGACCGAAUCAAGAGUCUACAUCACAGCACACGCGAUGGUUCGAGUAG